UUUUUCCAUUUUCUUCCUCUUCUUCCCCAGGUGUUUAUGUCUGAAGCGGGCAAAAUAUCCCAGAAGAUAAAGGUGUGGUUCAGUGACUACUUUAAUGUGUCCGACUUUCUGGCCAUUGUGACCUUUUUCAUCGGCUUCGGCCUGAGAUUGGCCGGAGGUGAAGCCUUCGUCCCCGGCAGGACGGUGUAUUGUCUGAAUAUUAUCUUCUGGUACGUGCGACUCCUGGACAUCCUGGCUGUCAACCAGCAGGCUGGACCGUACGUCAUGAUGAUCGCUAAAAUGGUGGCCAACAUGUUUUAUAUUGUGGUAAUAAUGGCUAUAGUCCUGCUGAGCUAUGGCGUUCCCCGGAAAGCCAUUCUGUAUCCACAUGAGGAGCCCAGCUGGUCGCUGGCCAAAGACGUGGUCUUCCAGCCGUACUGGAUGAUGUACGGGGAAGUGUAUGCCUAUGAAAUCGACGGUAAGGACGAUGAGGAAGGUAUAGGAGAUUACGCCGUGUGUGCCAAUAACAGUGACAUAGCAGUAAAGCCACUGUGUACGGCGGGAGCGUGGCUGACUCCUCUCCUACAAGCAGUCUACCUCUUUGUUCAGUAUAUACUAAUGGUCAACCUCCUCAUCGCCUUCUUCAACAAUGUGUAUCUGCAAGUGAAGUCCAUUUCUAAUCUGGUGUGGAAGUACCAGCGCUACCACUUCAUUAUGGCCUACCAUGAGAAGCCGGUCCUCCCCCCCCCCUUCAUCCUCCUCUGCCAUAUCUACUCCCUCUUCUGUAUGUGUCGGAAGAGAAAGAAGGAGCAUACCUACGGACCAAAGCUGUUUCUCACAGAGGAGGACCAAAAGAAGCUUCAUGAUUUUGAGGAGCAGUGUGUGGAGACGUACUUUCAUGAAAAGGAUGAUCAGUUUCACUCGGGGAGUGAGGAGCGCAUCCGUCUGACCUCAGAAAGGGUUGAGACCAUGUGUAUGCAGCUGAAGGAGGUCGGGAACAAAGUGAACUUCAUAAAGCGCUCUUUGCACACUCUGGACUCUCAGAUCGGACACCUGCAGGACCUCUCUGCCCUCACUGUGGACACGCUGAAGACCCUCACUGCUCAGAGGGCGUCAGAGGCCAGCAAGGUCCACAACCAGAUCACCCGGGAGCUCAGCCUCUCCAAGAACGUCGUCCCCAACAUCGGCCCUGUGGCUUCAGACACUGGGCCCCACUCCAAAUCAUCCAUGAUGGGCAAACACAGUGUGGGGCUGGACCCCACCAUGAACCCAGCGUUGAGUCCAGAGAGGAGGGGGUUGUUUGGGCUUGGGCACUUUGCUGCAGAGGCUGUCUUCCCAGGCAGCUCCUGUGGCUUUGUCCAAAGUGCUGUGGCCAUUUCCCCUCCGGAGCUGCGUCUCCGCGGCCACUCUCUCACCCGGAAUAAACCGACCCGUCCACAGGAGCCGGGCUUUUCCGACUCUCCCUCCAGCCUGCCCUGUGUGCCCUCCCCGGGGGCCCAGUUUCACCUCAGAAGCACCCCAGCCCAGCCCAGCGGCUCCAGCCACCCAGAACUCGCCCUAGCUAGGCUUUACCAGCCAGACUGCACCACUGUAGAGUUUGGGGCGUUUGUGGGACAUAAAGACAGUAUGGACCUCCAGCUCUCGACUCCCAAAGAGAGAUCCAGCUCACGGCAGAGCCCGGUGUCAGAGAGCCGACUGCAGCUGAGUGCAUGUGCUCUGCCUUCAGGUCCUGCUCACAUCCGAUCAGUCAACUCCUACGCCGGCUUCACAGAGUUCGACAGAGAACCAGCUUCCCUCCAUCUUGAAUCCUCUCUGACAAAGAGGGAAAGGAGCCGGUCGUCAGCUGAAGACAUCCUCGCCCACGAGGACCCCCGGUCUGCAUGCCUGGAGAGAGUUCAGGGCAAGUCAGCCCAAGCCAGCAGCCUACGAGCCCCUGGGGAAGAAUCACCAAACGCGGUGACACCAGCUUCAGUUUCUCUCUACACGCCCCGACACAGCCACCUGGGAGCCAGGAAGGACUCUAUUGGCUCUCCAUUCAAGCCCAUAGAAAGCUUCAUGUACUCAGCUGUGGAGCGCAACAACCUGAUGAGGCUGUCUCAGAGCAUCCCCUUCACCCCGGUGCCCCCUAGAGGAGAGCCAGUGACGGUGUACCGGCUGGAGGAGAGCUCCCCCAACACCAUCAACAACAGCAUGUCUUCCUGGGCCCAGCGGGGCCUCUGUGCCAAAAUAGAGUUUCUCAGCAAGGAGGAGAUGGGCGGGGGUCUCAGGCGGGCCCUCAAGGUGCUCUGCACUUGGUCAGAGUACGACAUCCUCAAACCAGGACAUCUGUAUAUAGUCAAAUCCUUCCUUCCAGAGGUGGUCCAAACCUGGCAGAGCAUCUACAAGGAGGACACGGUGCUGCACCUCUGUCUCAGGGAAAUUCAACAACAACGAGCUGCUCAGAAACUGACAUUUGCCUUUAACCAAAUCAGGCCGAAGACGAUCCCUUACUCUCCGAGGUUUCUGGAGGUGUAUCUGCUCUACUGUCACUCUGCCGGACAGUGGUUUGCGAUAGAGGAGUGCAUCACCGGAGAGUUCAGGAAGUUCAACAACAACAACGGAGAUGAGAUCGUGCCCACCAACCUGCUGGAGGAAACCAUGCUGGCCUUCAGCCACUGGUCCUACGAGUACACCCGCGGAGAGCUGCUGGUGCUCGACCUGCAGGGUAAACACUCAGCACUCUUACGUUACCAAACUGAACCCCUUUGAAUGGACUCAAGUUUGUUGUUUAUUUAAAAUGAAAUGG